AUGCAUGCCGCUCUCGUCCCAACCUGGUCCUCCCCCUGUCCCAUCUAUACCGAGAUUCCAGACCCGGGGCCUCCGCCACCAGAACAGCUCCAACUGAAAGUCUUGGCCGUUGGGAUUCCCCGCGUUGUACGGCUCCGUGCUCGAGGGAUCCACCCGACUGCCAAGUCAGCCAGUCUCCCGUACGACCCCAGCAUUGACGGCGUAGGGAUUGACGAACAAACCGGCAUUAUGUACUACAUUCUUCCGCUCUCGGCGUCUUGUCUUGCGGAGAAAGUGAAUGUGGACCGGGACAAUCUGGUCCCGCUCCAGCCCGGGGCACCUAAACCUCAACCUCGAAAUGGACCUGAAAAUGGAUAUGGAAUUGCACUUGGCGAUGCUGCUGACCAUAGAGCUGAGACGCUGGACCCCAUCGCAAUUGCGGGGCUCGUGAAUCCCGUGUCGAGUAGCUGGAUGGCGUUGAGAACAAGGGUGGAUGGCGAAAUUACGGGGAAAACGGUCCUGGUUCUGGGGGCAACGAGUAAGAGUGGGCGAGCCGCAGUGCUCGUUGCAAGGUUUCUGGGAGCAAAUAAAGUGAUUGGAGUGGCGAGGAGAGAGGAAGGGCUAAGAAGUGUGGAAGGGUUGGAUGGCUGGGUUACCUCGGGGGAUAUGCUUCCUGGGGAGACCGGGGUUAGGUUUGCUCUACCGGACUGGGUUGGGCCAGUGCAUAUCGUCCUGGAUUACGUUGGAGGCAGCGUUGCCGCGGGAGUCCUGGGCAGUGCUGAGAUUGAAGAGGGUAGAGAGUUGCAAUACGUGCAGGUUGGGAACCUCGCGCUUGAGCUGGGCACGGGAGAGAAGCAUAUGUUUGAAACCUUACCAGGCCACCUGAUCAGCCGGAAGCCCAUCUGCAUCCGCGGAUCAGGGAUGGGAAGUUUCAGUAGGAGGGAUCUGGUCCGAGAGAUGCCUGGCUUGGUGGCAUUUCUUGCACGAAUGAAGGCGCCGUUUGGGAUUGCGAGCGCGCCGAUGUGCGAGGUGGCGUCGGUUUGGCAGGAUGAGGAUACGAAGGGAAGCCGAGUGGUGAUUGUACCUUGA